AUGGGUCAUGUGAAAUCUCAUUGCACAGUCCUCUUUUGCAGUGCUGCUCUGGACCUUGUUUGCUCUUCAUUAAGAAAAUCUAAAGCACCACCUCCUCCAUCUGAAACAAAAACUAUUGCUGCUGCUUCAUUCGAUGACACAGAAUCAGCCAACUUCAUCAUGGAACAGAAAGAGAAUGUAAUUGAUAAAGAUAUUGAACUAUCAGUGGUCCUGCCGGGAGAUGUGAUCAAGUAUACUACAGUUAGUGGGAGGAAGCCCAUGAUGGACUUGCUUAUCUUUCUCUGUGCACAGUAUCAUUUAAAUCCAUCAAGCUAUACUAUAGAGUUGGUAUCUGCAGAAAAUAGCCAGGUUAAAUUCAAGCCAAACACACCAGUGGGAGUGCUUGAGGUGGAGAAGGUGAUUUUAAAACCAAAACAAAUGGAUAAGAAGAAACCUGCUCCUGUUAUACCAGAGCAAACAGUCAGGGUAGUGAUAAACUACAGGAAGACACAGAAGACGGUAGUAAGAGUUAGUCCACAUUCACCCCUUCAAGACCUCAUACCAAUUAUCUGUAGUAAAUGUGAGUUUGAUCCUUCACACACUCUGCUAUUGAAGAAUUACCAGUCUCAAGAACCCCUUGAUGCGACAAAAUCUCUUAAUGACCUUGGACUAAGAGAAUUAUAUGCCAUGGAUGUCAGUCGAGCCACAUCACCAGUUGAUUUAAAUUUACCAUCUUUGCAAGACUCCUAUCAGUCUGAAAACUUGGAUGUUUUGAAGGAGAAGGAAAACAAAGGAUUUUUCAGUUUUUUUCAACGAAGCAAGAAGAAAAGAGAACAAGUUGCCAGUGCCCCAGCAACUCCACUGAUGAGCAAGCCAAGGCCAACAUUUAUCACAAGAUCUAACACUGUUAGCAAGCAGUAUGAUUCAAACACUCUGCCAUCUGAAAUGCCAAAGAAACGGAGAGCUCCUUUGCCACCUAUGCCAAACUCUCAGAGUGCUCCCCAGGAACUUGCACAAGCCCAGGUCAGACCAGCAUCUGGUGUUGUGAAAUCUCACAGCUUUGACAGGAGUCUGCAGGCCCCUGCAGGAUUAGUACGGAAAGGUUCUCUGCCGCUCAGUGACGCCGCCUCUGUGAACUCCUCCCUGCGGAGGAUGAAGCGCAAAGCACCCUCACCACCCUCCAGAGCACCAGGAGAUCAAAGGGAAAGCAGUAAUGAGACUGUAACAGAGUCAACAGAAUCAAUGCCUACUAAAGUGGAAGAACAACUCACUGAAAUGCAGUCCGAAACAG